GAACAAGCGUAAAACAUUAAUCUAUCUAUAUAUUCUCAAUCUACCACUGAAUCUUAAAUAUGAAUCGACUCUCUCGACUCCAUCGAUUUUUUAGACAAUGCCCCUCCCCUCCACGGAUACUCAAGCCUUCCAAGUUUCCCAUAUUGGACUCCGCCACAAAAAUUGAAGAGGAGCGAAUGCCCGCAUACGACCGAGGCCUUUUUUAUCCGGUCAAACUUGGCGAUGUUUUCGUAUCCAGGUACCAGGUUCUGAGCAAGUUGGGGUUUGGCGCAAGUUCUACAGUCUGGUUUUGCCGUGACCUCCGUGAGCAUCGAUAUAUUGCUCUAAAAAUCUACAUCCAAGGUGCCGAAGAUCGAGAAGUACGAGUACUUAAGCAUCUUUCGACUAUAAAUACACAUCAUCCCGGAAGCUCUCUCGUCCGUAAAAUGAUAGACGAGUUUGAGAUUGAGGGUCCGAGUGGUAACCAUCAGUGCAUUAUUUAUGAGCCACUUUUAACGAGCCUCUUACAUUUUCAGGCAACCCUAGAUCCAAAAAGUCUUCCCGAGGACUUACUAAAGGGAGCACUGCAACAAAUCUUACACGCCCUAGACUAUCUACACUCGGAAGCUCAGGUAAUACAUACUGAUAUACAAGCCAAGAAUAUUAUUAUUGCCUCUAGAGACGACUCAAUUUUUUGUGAAUGGGAAAAUGCCGAGGAAACUGACCCCAGUCCGCGUAAGAUUGAUGGUCCCCGCAUUGUCUACAAGUCUCGCCCGUUCCAUCGGAAGAAGGGGUGGAGAGGUUUUGGCAUGCCACUUCUCUCAGACUUUGGUGAAGCACGCGUAGGGGAUGUUCACAAUGGGUUGAUUCAACCAGAUAUUUAUCGCGCCCCAGAGGUUAUCCUCGGGAUGAGUUGGACGUCAAAAGUCGACAUAUGGAAUGUCGGGGUAUUAGUCUGGGACCUAUUUGAAGACCAUCAUUUGUUUGAUGGUAGAGCGCCUAAUGGGGAUCAGUCAGACGUACACCUCCUUGCUGAAAUGGAAGCUAUGCUAGGAUCUCCUCCACUUACUUUCCUUCACAAGUCUCCCCAAAGUCAAAAGUACUGGAAUGGUCUAGGUCAAUGGAACGCUGCCGUAGAAGUGCCCCACUACUCACUGGAGGAAUCGGAAGAGUACUUGGAGGGCGAAAACAAAACGAUGUUUUUACUGUUCAUCCGAAAAAUGCUACAAUGGGAUCCGGAGGAAAGACAGAGCGCCCAUGAGCUUCUAUCAGAUCCCUGGUUGAAUUCCCACUAAUAAACCACAAUUUCUCUCUGUUAGUAACCAGGCUUCGGUAUAGUGCAGUGGGUAGCUUUUUGAGACCCUUCUUUUCUCAUGCUGUUAUUCCUUUUCUCUUUCGAACCAUUCAAAAAUGGAUUUAAUCCAUACAAAUUUCUAUUACUACCUUAAGAUAGUGACUACUAAUGCCGAUAUUUGGAUUGCUG